UAUAUAGAGAAACAAAGAGAGAGGAGAGCUUCGUACCUCAUUUUCAUCGCAAGCCGUAAUUAAUCGUGGAUUCCUGGGGAAAGAGAGAAAUGGUGGGUGUGUUUAUGUUGCUGGGUUUGUUCCUAUUGUCGUCGCCGGCGGUUGACGCCUGCGAUCGCUGUCUUCACCAAUCAAAGGCUGCUUAUUUCUCCUCCGCCUCUGCUCUGUCCGCCGGAGCUUGCGGGUAUGGCUCAAUGGCUAUGGGGUUUUACGGCGGACACCUGGCGGCGGCCGUUCCUUCGAUUUACAAGGAUGGUGCUCGCUGCGGUGCUUGUUUCCAGAUAAGAUGCAAGGACACGAAGCUGUGCAACAGCAAGGGAACUACAGUGAUAGUGACAGACGUCAAUAAGAGCAACCAAACCGAUUUCGUGCUGAGCAGCAGAGCCUUCCGGGCUAUGGCUAACCAUGGCUUCGACCGUGACCUCCUCCGACAAGGCCUCCUCGACGUUGAAUACAAAAGGGUACCAUGUGUGUACAAAGACAAAAACUUGGCGGUGAGAGUAGAAGAAUCGAGCCAGAAGCCACACUACUUGGCCAUCAAGUUGUUGUACCAAGGAGGCCAAACCGAAGUAGUCGCCAUGGAUAUUGCCACGGUUGGAUCGUCAAACUGGGGUUUCAUGAGCAGGAACCAUGGAGCAGUGUGGGAUACGGACAGAGUACCAAGUGGAGCAUUGCAAUUCCGGUUUGUGGUCACGUCAGGUUACGACGGGAAAUGGGUUUGGUCGCAGAGAGUUCUUCCCGCGGAGUGGGAAAACGGCAAGGUCUACGACGCCGGCGUUCAGAUCUCCGACAUUGCUCAGGAAGGUUGUGAUCCCUGCGACGAUCAAAUUUGGAACUGAAGCUUUAAUCUCUUGUGCAUAUUACGCACGUCUUCUUAAUUCUUUUGCUCCUUUACUACACGUAUACUAUACUAUGUUCUAAGACCGGAAUCUCUUUUUUUCUUUCUUGUACCAGAAAAUAAUAGGGAGAUUAAAUUGUUUUCAUGUAAAAUUUCCUCUGCCGUAGCCUUGUUUUCGGUUAUGUUAUAAAAGACCAUGGAAAGGUCGUGACGUGAAGGCCCAUCCAUUAAUAA